AUGGCUGAUAAAAUCAAGGUAACAACCCGAACACUCAGUGAUCAUCCAUUGAAGGCAUCUGAAGAAACAUUUGCACAACGUGAACUCGAAACCAAUUUGCAAAUGUUGCGACGCAACGAAGGCAUAGCUGCACCGAUGCGAAUCAUGAUGGAAAUGCAAGCGUACAAAAAGGUGGGCCGUUUACCGUUCCUGCCAUCCAGCCGUUUGCACAUGGAUGUAAUUACUGGUCGUGAUGAGACGAUCGAUUUCAGCGAUUUCCUUGGCACCGAAGAAUUCUCCGAGCGUUUGUGUCAGCCCCAGGUUAUGGCCGAGAAGAAAUUGAAUUUCAAUUAAGCAAAAAAGAAAAAUGUCGUCCAUUUGACAUACAGCAAACAAUUUUUUGUAUUACGAUAAGAUAAAAUAUUAAAGAGAAGUUCAUUGGAAGCGGAAAAA